UUUCGGCACCGCCCUCCGCCGUCACUCUCAGCGAGUAAAACGAGCGAACGCGCGGGGGGCGGCAGCGGCCGUUGCUGUGGCGACGCUUCUGUAUUCGGCGGCUGACCGGAGACGGAGCAGAUCGACAAUCUGCUGCUUCUAAUUAGCUCGGAGUGUCCCGUGUGGGCGGCUGCGGCGAGGAGCGAACACGCCACGUAUAUUGUUGGAAAAGUGUGGAGUCCGGUCAGUUUCCCUCGUUCCAGACCACAUAGAGAAAAGGGUGAAAUGAGCUCCGGUGCAUUUCCGCCACGGACGCGCUGAGUCCAGAGGAACCUGACCCGAGUUUGCUUCCUGUCUAAAGUCUCAGUCAGUCCGGCUGAAGCUGGAGACGUUCGCUGUCGCUGCAGGGUUUGUUUCCAACGGUGGAAAGUCACCAAGUACUGUACUUCAGUAUAACUCUGAGUUGUGAGGACACUCAUUGACAUGGUGCAUUCCCAAGCCCCUGACCCUAACCUAGACCUGGUUCUGACCCGACCCCUGAAACCGGGUCUGAACCCUCAAACAGCCCUUUGAAGGUAAACAGUCGUCGUCAUGACAGCAGGAGCGGUGUCAGCUCCGCUCAUCAUUCCCAUCAUCCACCUGCAGACACACGGAGCCAAGAACCACAUCGACACCAACACACCUGUCUCCAUCCAGUCAGACACUCCAGGUGUCCUGAUCUUCUACACUCUGGAUGGGUCGAAGCCGGCGGCGGCGCCGCGGGGGUCAGCAGGCAGCAGCAGGAAGUACAGCGAGCCGAUCCUGCUGCCUGCUGGUCGAGUGUCUGUCAGAGCUGUGGCUGUCUCCAGUGACGGCAGACAGAGCUCCACAGUAACGAAGGUUUUCUCCGUUGAACUCGUGGACUCAAGCGACAGGAAGGAGAACGAGGAGAACUUCCUGCGGAGCGACCAGCAGCGCCCCACUGAAGGAACCUCCCGUUCUCCUGAGAACUCUGCUGGUUCUUCACUGAGGCCUCCAGAGCCGAGGAUGAUGGGAAACGGCUCUCCUCGAUCAGGUCCUCGUUUCCUGAACAGUCGACUGGGCCCUCGGACCACCACCACAGCCCAGACUGGUUCUUCCCAACGUCCCCAGUCAGUGAGUUCAGGUGUGCUGAAGCAGCCGAGCAGCACGCAGACGGCCCGAAUCCACCGAGAGACCGACUUCCUGCGGUGUGCUCAGUGUUUGAAUUUUCGUCCGUCAGACCCGUUUGCUCGGUUCUGUGCUCAGUGUGGAGCUGUGGUUCCUCCGUUACCUAAACAGAGACAGCCCCCUCCUGAGGGAGGACAGACGGUUCUCUGUGUGUUCUGUGACGCCGUGGUUCCUGUCAAAACUCACACCUGUUUGGUCUGUGAAGCCUCUGUCCAACAACAACUACAACCACAGGCCAGACUCACACUGCAGGAUCAUGUGGUGUGCGUUUGCUGUGGAAGUGGGAAUCCAGCUCACGUCUCCAGAUGUCUGACCUGUGAGAGCCGCCUGCAGCCGGAAGUGUGUGUUGGUAACAGCGCCCCCUCUGUCCCGUCAGCGGACAGCAGGAUGUUGUCUUGCUCCAGAUGUAAACGUAUAAACCACAGUGACGCCAGAUACUGUGACUGGUGUGGCUCCAAGCCCGGUCAUGCAGCUAGCUGUGUGAUGUGUUGGCGGUGUGGAGCGAGUGGACACCCGUACGCCUUCUAUUGUGCAACGUGUGGCGUCUACCUGGAAGCACCGGCCCCGCCCACAUCCUGCAGUAACAUCACACGACCUGUCGGGGGCGUUGCCUCCAACCAGGCUUCAGGCUCUACUUCCCACGAUGUCACCUGGCAGGCCAUGCCCUCGUCUGACCCCGCUCCCAUUGUGAAGUCAGCUCCGCCCACUGUUGACCAAUACACACAGACUGUUGGACUCUAUUACCCAUCAGCCACCGAGCUCCACAGGAAGGAGCAGCAGAGAGCGCUACAGCUCAGCAGACAGCAGGCGACCAGAGACCGCCAACCACUGCUGACUGCCAUCAGCCCGGGCAGAGGUUACUGGAGGAAGCAGCUGGAUCAUGUGUGUGCUCACCUGAGGAGUUACGCUCAGAACAACGCCCCCUUCAGGACUCUUCUGGGAGAGCCUCGUCUGGGCCGGAUGGUUUCUGCUGUGCUUCAAGAAGAUCAUUAUGAAGUUAGUCUGACCGUCAGCUUUGUGUCGGCCGGACAGGAAAAACAGGAGGGUCCUGAAGGCGAUAGCGCAGGUCCAGCAGGUAACGGUGUUGGACCAGCAGUUGGCGUGCUGCCUGCAGGUCGUGAUGAGAGUCUGAGCAGCGUUACAGAGCGAUUUGGCGACAGCGGCAGCCUCAGUAAGAAUGGAAGUGAUCGGUCCACGGGUCUGGUAAAACCCCCCAAACCAAACCUGACGCCCAAACCUCCGGUAAAGGAUGUUCAGCUGUUGAAGGCGCUGGGUCCAGGUCGAGGUCAGAUCAGCGUCAUCCAGCAGCUCCUGGAUCAGGGGGCGGAUCCCUCCUGCUGCGGCAGGGACGGCCGACACGCCCUGGCGGUCGCCGUGGUGAACGGUCACCGCGAUGUACUUCCUGUUUUGGUGCAGCGAGGAGCCGACGUGGACCAGCACUCCGGACAGAAGAAGAACACAGCUCUGCAUGAAGCUGCAGCCCUGGGCUCUCAAGGUCUGCAGUGUGCUGAGGUCCUGCUUAGCUGUAGGGCCGGCGUGAGGCGGAGGAACGCCGCCGGUCAGACAGCGUACGACGUGGCGGUGAGCUCCGGAUGUAACAACAUGGUGUCUCUGCUGGCUGCUCGGACCGGACUGGACUUACUGGGCAAACUGGGAAAACCCAAACUGAACCUGGACAUUUUCUGACGGACACACUGGGCCGAAUCACCUUCACUGGUUUGAGUACGAAGCUUUGUAGAAUCCAGAUGUUGUAAUAACGGUGUGUACAAAUGUUUUGUUAUCGGAUCAACAUAAAACACUGACAUUUUUAGAUUUAUAGAACGGUGCCCUUCCUGCUUUGUCACCUCAGUUCUGUGAGAACCAGGUUCAGUGGACACCGCAGGCUUCAGUGACACGUUGGUGGUUGGGGGACAGUGGUUCACUGGGUGGAUUUUAUCUGAAAUACCUUUGUGUUUAUGACUUUGUU